AUGGAGCUGGACCACAUGACGAGCGGCGGCCUCCACGCCUACCCCGGGCCACGGGGCGCGCCGGCCGCCAAGCCCAACGUGAUCUUGCAGAUCGGCAAGUGCCGGGCGGAGAUGCUGGAGCACGUGCGCCGCACCCACCGCCACCUGCUGACCGAGGUGUCCAAGCAGGUGGAGCGCGAGCUGAAGGGGCUGCACCGCUCGGUGGGCAAGUUGGAGAGCAACCUGGACGGCUACGUGCCCACGGGCGACUCGCAGCGCUGGAAGAAGUCCAUCAAGGCCUGCCUGUGCCGCUGCCAGGAGACCAUCGCCAACCUGGAGCGCUGGGUCAAGCGCGAGAUGCAUGUGUGGCGCGAGGUCUUCUACCGGCUGGAGCGCUGGGCAGACCGCCUGGAGGCCGGGGGCUCCAAGUACCCGGUGGGCAGCGAGCCCCGCCGCACCGUCUCCGUGGGCGUCGGGGGCCCCGAGAGCUACUGCCACGAGGCGGACAACUACGACUACACGGUCAGCCCCUACGCCAUCACCCCGCCACCCGCGGCCGGCGAGCUGCCGGGACAGGAGCCCACCGAGGCCCAGCAGUACCCGCCGUGGGCUCCCGGUGAGGAUGGGCAGCCGAGCCCCGGGGUGGACACUCAGAUAUUCGAGGACCCCAGGGAGUUCCUGAACCACCUGGAGGAGUACCUGCGGCAGGUGGGCGGCACCGAGGAGUACUGGCUGUCCCAGAUCCAGAACCACAUGAACGGGCCGGCCAAGAAGUGGUGGGAGUUUAAGCAGGGCUCGGUGAAGAACUGGGUCGAGUUCAAGAAGGAGUUCCUGCAGUAUAGCGAGGGCACGCUGUCCCGCGAGGCCAUGCAGCGGGAGCUGGACCUGCCGCAGAAGCAGGGCGAGCCCCUCGACCAGUUCCUGUGGCGCAAGCGGGACCUGUACCAGACGCUGUACGUGGACGCCGAGGAGGAGGAGGUCAUCCAGUAUGUGGUGGGCACCCUGCAGCCCAAGCUGAAGCGUUUCCUGCGUCACCCGCUGCCCAAGACCCUGGAGCAGCUCAUCCAGAGAGGCCUGGAGGUGCAGGAUGGGCUGGAGCAGGCGUCCGAGCCGCCCGAGACGCCCGUGCCCGCCGAGGACGAGGCCGAGGCACUCACGCCCGCGCUCACCAGCGAGUCCGUCAGUGAUCGGACUCCCCCCGAGUAG